AUGUACCUCACCACGUCCUACUCGACAGAUCUCCAUUGUGAAGGCUUAUUCUGGACAUUUGAGGAGGCAAAGACUCCUCGCAAGUGGCUCAGAGUGCAUGUGUUGCAGGAAUGGCAUGAACUGUACCGGACAGAAGCUGUGGAUGAUCUGCAACGUUUCUACGACUUCUAUGCAAAUGAAAUAUUGGAUGGAUGGGAGGAGCAAACGCCGAGGGUUCGUCUUACAUUGCUGGGUUAUGAGUGCAGUCAGACCCUGACUGCGGAGGAGCAUCCUGAGGAGCAAUGGCCCCCUGCUUCGCAGUGGGCAGGACUACGUGAUUUACUUUACUUUGACAAGAAGACCGAAAUCUGCGGCCGACCCUUCGUGAAGCUGUACAUGUCCUGCGACGAAUCAGACGACAUGGACGUGGUCGUCCAGAUCGGAAAUGUCACAUCAUCAGGCGGAUUCUUCGAAUCUUUGAACUGGUCUACAAUGCCUGAACCGGCACAAAGUCCCGAAUGUCAAUGUUGCGAAGCAUCGGGAACGAGGACGAGUUUCCGGUUUAUUCUCACGGAGGACGACAGCCGAUUAUUACUGGAAAGAUUGCCACUUUAUAUCCCCAUUUGGCCUGUCGAUGCGGUAUUUGAGGCUGGGGAGGGCUUGAUGCUCCGGGUUUCUGGUCAUGAUAUGGCGCUUCCCGAGGUGGAAAUGUUGAGACUUACGGAGCCGGUGGAUGAGAACCGGGGAAACCUUUCUGUGUACACGGGAGGAGAGUACCGGAGCUAUUUGUCUCUACCUAUUAUUAGACCUUAA